AUGGAAAUAGAUAUACCUGAGGAUUUACUGAUAACUCAAUGUGAGAACCCAGUGGAGGAGAUUGUAAAAGAUGUAUACGGUAUUAGUUUUCCCAACGAGCGCAACCCAAAAUUUUACCAAGGAAGAGCGAUAUUGCGUCCAAGAAAUAUGGACGUUGAUACAAUUAAUGACUAUAUGUUAUCACAGCUACCAGGUGACGAGAAAACUUAUCUAAGCUCUGAUAGCAUUGAUACAUCAGACACAAGCAAAAUAGACAAUAUGGUUUAUACUCAGGAGUAUUUGAAUAGCAUUAAAGUUUCAGGAUUGCCUAAUCAUGUUCUGAAACUAAAGAUUGGUACUCCUAUCAUGUUGCUUCGAAAUAUUGAUCCUAUCGGUGGUUUGUGUAAUGGAACAAGACUGUUGGUGACUCAGAUUGCCAAACAUGUUAUCCAAACUAGACUUAUAACAGGAAAUAAUGUUGGUGAGAAAGUCUUCAUACCAAGAAUGUUUGUUUCUCCUCCUGAAGCAAGAUUCCUUAGAAUGAGACGUAGACAGUUCCCUAUUGUUGUUGCUUUUGCGAUGACAAUAAAUAAAAGUCAAGGCCAGACUUUGCAAAGAGUUGGAUUGUUUUUGCCAAAACCAGUUUUCUCACAUGGUCAGUUGUAUGUUACUGUUUCUAGAACCGUGCCUCCUUUAUAA